CCAAAGAAAUGGAAAUCAUUAUAUAUGGACAUAUAGUCUCAUUCCCUUCCAACCGGGUUAGCUUCGGUCAUAGCUGGGAAAUUAAACUUCCUCUAGUAGUUGUCUUUUCCAAAGCUGAAAAAAAAAAAAAGUCAUCUCAGCGCCAACACAAGAAAUGAAACCGCCGCAAACAUCUUCAGCUCAUGUUCUGAUCUUCCCAUGUCCAGCACAGGGCCACGUCAACUCCAUGCUAAACCUUGCUCAGCUCCUUGCACUCCGCAACCUCCACGUCACUUUCCUCAACACAGAACACACCCACAACCGCCUCACGCGCUUCGCCGACAUAGAAUCCCUCCUGGCUCGCUACCCUACGCUCCGGUUUAAGACCAUCCCUGACGGUCUACCGGAGGAGCACCCUCGGUCAGGGGAGCGAGCUGCGGAGCCGCUUCUGUCGCUGAAGGUGCAUGGAAAGCCUCUUCUGAGAGACAUUUUGGUGAAAGAGAAGGUGACUUGCUUGGUAGCUGAUGGACUUUUCGCAAAGUUGGCGAAUGAUAUGGCUGAAGAAGUUGGAGUAGCAAGUAUUCAUUUUCGGACCAUCGGUGCUUCUUGUUUCUGGACUUAUUUCUGGGCUCCAUACCUCUUUCAGUCAAACGAACUCCCUGUUACAGGGGAAGAAGACAUGGACCGGCUCAUAACUAGCAUACCAGGAAUGGAAAACUUGCUCCGAUGUCGAGACCUCCCAAGUUUCUUUCGUCCAAACCGUGACACAGGGAAACCCCAUGUUCAUUUCGAAACCGUCGUCUCCGAGACCCAACAGUCGCUCCGUGCAAGCGCCGUCAUAUUGAACACCUUUGAUGAUCUUGAAGCCCCUGCGUUGUCUCACAUACGCCGCCACUUCCCUACCAUCUUCACCGUCGGGCCUCUCCAUCAGCACCGUGAAUCCAGAGCACCAACCUCCAUAACGACGUCAAACAACAGCAUGUGGGAAGAGGACAUGAGUUGCAUGGAGUGGCUCGAUUCUCAGCCAUUCAGAUCAGUCAUAUACGUCAGCUUUGGUAGCUUCACUACCAUGACGAAGGAGAGUCUCAUGGAGUUUUGGUAUGGUUUGGUGAACAGCAAGAGACAAUUUUUAUGGGCGGUGCGAUCAGAUUUGAUAGCGGCCGGUGAAGGAAAAGAGGAGAGAGUGCCAGCAGAGUUGGUGGAGGGAACCAAAGAAAGAGGGUUAAUGGUUGGGUGGGUGCCGCAAGUGGAGGUUCUUGCACACAAGAGCGUUGGUGCGUUCAUGACGCAUUGCGGGUGGAACUCGACCAUAGAGAGUGUGGUGGCUGGAGUGCCUAUGAUUUGCUGGCCAUACUUUGCGGAUCAACAGGUGAAUAGCAGGUUGGUGAGUGACUCUUGGAAGGUUGGGUUGGACAUGAAAGAUGUUUGUGAUAGGAACGUUGUGGAGAACAUGGUAAAUGAUGUUAUGCUUAAUAGGAAGGAGGAGUUUCUUCAAUCAGCGGAGAAAUGGGCAGUUUUAGCUCGAAAGAGUGUGAGUGAAAGUGGUUCUUCUUACGACAACUUGGACCGUUUGAUUGAGUUUAUAGAAUCGAUCAGCCAAGAACGUCUUUGAACUGGACCAGUUGCAAUUUCUAGGACGUGAAUGUCCCAAGCAAAUAAUUUUUGCUUAUUAA